AUCAAAAUACAAACACAAAUCGAAAAUGGAAAGCACUCCACCAAGGAAGCGCGGGAGGCCGAAGGGAUCAACGACAUCCACCAAGGGCAAGGGCAAAGAUGCCGCCGGAACGCCCUCCAGAAUCAAACCGUCUGCCGCCCACAAGAAGAAGCCCGUCGUUGACGAGGGUUACACCCGGUGGAAGCAGGUCGUCCCCUUGCUUUAUGACUGGAUCGCCUCUCACAAUCUGACCUGGCCCUCUCUUUCCUGCCGCUGGGGUCCUGUUCUUGAACGAGGAGCUCAGAAGAACAUACAACGACUUUACCUGUCUGAGCAGUUAAUUCCAUUAAUGAGGUCAAGAGUGCUAAAGCAGCACAUGGAGACUGACCGUACGCAGCCGAACACUUUGAUCAUAGCAAAUUGUGAUGUUGUCAAGUGCCGUGUUGCUUCUGAAAGUCAUAUAGCCAAUAUCAAUGAAGAUGCACGUUCGCCACAUGUAAAGACAUACAAAACUAUAUUACAUCCAGGAGAGGUGAACAGAAUUAGGGAACUGCAUCAGAACAAAAAUAUAAUAGCUACACACACUGAUUGUCCUGAAGUUUUUAUUUGGGACGUGGAGGCGCAACCUAAUCGGCAUGCUAUUCUUGGAGCUGAGGAUUCUCGCCCAGAUUUGGUCUUAUCUGGACACCAAGACAACGCAGAAUUUGCUCUUGCAAUGUGCCGAGCCGUACCCUUUGUUCUCUCUGGAGGGAAGGAUAAAUCUGUUGUGUUGUGGAGUAUCCAGGAUCAUGUUUCAACACUUGCCAAUGCUGGAACCCAAUCUGCUGAAACUGCUAGUUCAAUCGUAAAGGCUGCUGAUAAUUCUACAGUUGGCCCACGUGGGAUCUUCCAAGGCCACACUGAUACAGUUGAGGACGUUCAGUUUUCUCCGUCAAGCUCUCAGCAAUUUUGUAGUGUUGGAGAUGAUUCUUGUUUGAUAAUUUGGGACGCAAGGAUUGGAAGUGAUCCGGUUGAUAAGGUUGAGAAGGCACAUGAUGCUGAUAUUCAUUGCGUUGAUUGGAAUUCGCACGAUGAGAAUUAUAUACUAACUGGGUCUGAGGACAAUACAGUUUGCAUGUUUGACCGCCGUAAUAUAUCAGCGAGUGGAGUAGGUAUCCCUGUCCAUAAAUUUUCAGGUCACAAUGCAGCUGUUCUCUCUGUCCAGUGGUCACCUGACAAAUGCUCUGUAUUUGGGAGCUCUGCAGAAGAUGGCUUGUUAAACAUCUGGGACUAUGAGAAGGUUGGUCAGAAGGAAGACACAGGGUCAGACCCUGAUACUCCAGCAGGGUUGUUUUUCAAACAUGCUGGGCACAGGGAUAAGGUUGUUGACUUCCAUUGGAAUGUUGAUGAUCCAUGGACAAUUGCUAGUGUAUCUGAUGAUGGGGAAUUCGCGGAUGGGGGUGGUACUCUUCAGAUUUGGCGUAUGACAGAUCUUCUAUCCCGGCCUCAAGAUGAAGUUUUGGCUGAGCUUGAAAAAUUCAAAGACCAUGUGAGUGAGUGCUCCAAGACUUCUUGAUGGGGUUGUGGUUCAAGUUUUUAGGAACAAAUCUCACACUAAUUGUGAGAAUAUGUAGAAAUGAAGUGGAUUUAUGCUAUUAUCUGGCCUUGUAUGGGUAUACAUAUUAUUAGGGGAUGUUCAUUUGAUUUUGCGGCAUAACAUUUGGAGCAAGGCAUCAAGUUGCGGUUAAAACAAAAUGCUAAGUAUUCUAACAAAA